AUGGCUGCGGGAGUGAGCCAGAUCACUGCCGGUUCGAAGGAGAUCAUGGCAUGGAUGCAGCAACUCUGUCGCUUCCAACAGUCAUCGCUGUGCUCAAGCGACGAGCUUCGGGCCAGAGUGAUAGAUGAACGCGGGGUAAGAAGAAUAGAAUUGUCCGGGCGGCCGUUUUCGAGAGCGGAGAUCCCAGCCCAGAAAGAAUUGAGGGCCAUUAAGUCACAGCAGACAGCUGCUUCCAGGGAGAGGGAGAGGAUGAUACAGGGAAUACAGCAUGUGGCCGAUAACCGAGAUAGGGCCACUACUAAUCGUAGCGCAGCCAUUGAGGACGUGCUGAACGGAUUUGGGGAGCAAGAUAUCCGCGUGACAGCUGCCCACCCCAAGGGCAGGAGUCUUGAUAGCAGCCCCCAGGCGAAGGUCCGGUUGGGGCCGUCAACAUCCUUCCUCCAGGCAGGAAGGAGGCUGGUAGAGCUGUUCACCUUGAAUAGAAGGCAAUCAGUCGCCUUUCUUCUGAUAUGCCGACGGCUUGAUUCGAUACGAGGUCACGGGGCUGCCGCUGGUCAGCUCUGCGAGUUCAUCGGCGGGGAGGGCGGUACCGGGAAAUCACGAGUCAUCGAGGCACUGGUCGAGCUAUUUGCGAGUGCGGGCAUCUCGAAUCGUGUGCUCGUAACGGCGACGUCAGGGACAGCAGCAGCGCAGAUCAACGGCAUCACAAUCCACUCAGCCUGUGGCUUUUUAAAGGACCGCGUAUCGCGCGUUGGCGUAUCCAGAGAUAUCGACGGGGCCAAUUUAUCGAAUUCGGCAGAGCGAUUUAUCAACGGCCAGUCCCGAAUGGACUGGCAAGAGAAGUAUCUACUCAUCAUUGACGAGGUCAGCAUGCUAGGAGCGCGGACGCUGUAUGCGGUGAAUGAGCGGCUCUGCAGGCUCCGCGGCUGCCAGCGGGAUUUUGGCGGGAUUCCCAUCGUUCUGUUCUGCGGGGAUUUCCGCCAGUUCCGGCCUGUGCAGGAGAGAUCGAUCCUCCUUCCAAGCACGGCCGUGACAUGGGAUGAGGACACUUCGUUCGGCCCAGAACAAAGACACCAGCAUGAUAGGGCCCACGCGUUGUGGAGGAGGUUCACGACGGUCGUUAUGCUGGACGAACAAGUGCGCGCUGCUGGGGACCCAGAGCUGCAACAAUUGCUGAAACGGAUCCGACGGGGUGUGCAGAACCGCACAGAUUUAGACCUCCUUAACUCUAGGUGCUACCGGGAGGAUAGGCCGAUUCCGUGGGAAACGGGCAUUACCGUCGUGACACCGCUGAACAGGAAUCGGUGGAACUUGAACAUGGAGGCCACUCUGUCGUUCCAGAGACAACAUCGUGAGACGAUGCGAAUUUUCAUAUCCGAACACAGGUGGAAAGACGGCCAGGCGAGCGAGGAAGAAGCCAUCUUGAUGCUCAACCACGGAGACAACAGCGCGAUACCGGUGCCGGCGAUCUUCAUGUUCGUGCCCGGGAUGCCCAUCGUCGUCAACCACAACACGCACCAGGGCCUGAAGCUGGUUAAUGGAGCCAGCUACACCGCCUUGGACGUCAUCCUCGACAAGGCGUACCCGGGCCACCGGAUCUCGGCCGAUACGAUGCUCCACUUCGGGCCGCCGGCGGGGAUUCUGCUAGCGGCGAAGACAACCCAAGAGUUCCACUUUGUCGGGAUGCCGCCGGGCACAAUCCUUCUGACGCCGAUGAGCGUCAGCAUACGAGCCCAGAGAAAUCGGCCAUGGCAAGUGAGAGACGUGGCCCGAAAGGGCUUGCCGUGUGCAGCGGCCUUUGCGUGCACAGACUACAAGGUACAGGCAAAAACGCUAGAGCGAGUGGCACUAGAGCUGCGCGGGACGAGGACGACGAAUGUGAACGGUCAGAUGGUUGCGUCACAGUGCGAUCCAUACAGCCUAUACGUGCAGCUAUCGCGUUGCCCGUCAUUAGAUGGUAUCAUGCUUGUGUCAAAGGUGCGGGAGAGAGACCUGGUUGGCAACACGGUGCCCGAGGACAUGACUGCCGCGGAGGAGAGGCUGGAAGCGCUGAGCAAGAAGACCAUGCAGGAGGCUCACGACCUGAUCGGAUGA